GCGCGGGCGGGAACGAGCACGCACGAGCGGGCCGCGGCCCUGACGACCUGCCUGCUUUUGACUUCGGUCUCUCGCUGUCGACAAUGGCGGCGGCGGCGGCGGCCUCUGCGCAGCGGACGGAUCCUGCCGGAGACUGGCAGGACUUUUCGGGCUUUCAGCCUUCGCCUGAGGACAAUGGUUGUCCGGCGGCGGCGGCGGCGUCUGGAGAGGGGGGUGCCUGGGACGAUGGGGGCGACGGCGGCAACAACGACCUGGGAGCGAAGCUGCCGCUCUGCUUUCAGAGCCCGCAGCUGCUCCUUCAGAAUUGCGGCGAUGGAGAAGCCCGGGUCCCGCCGCGGCCCCUGAGCGAGCAGAGCGUCCUACACGAGGAUGAGAUAUGGAAUGCUCUGACUGACAAUUAUGGCAAUGUAUUGCCAGUUGACUGGAAGUCUUCCCACACGAGAACACUGCACUUGCCGACACUGAAUCUUUCUGAGAAGGGAGUCAAUGACAAUUUGAACCUUGACUUAUCAGAUGAUGAAGAGCUAAGAGAGCAACUAGACAUGCAUUCUAUCAUAGUUUCCUGCAUCAAUGAAGAACCACUUCUCACAGCUGAACAGGUAAUUGAAGAAAUAGAGGAAAUGAUGCAGGAAUCUCCAGAUCCAGAUGAUGAUGAAACACCAACUCAGUCAGACCGCUUAUCCUUACUAUCACAGGAAAUUCAAACACUUAAGAGAUCCAGUGCAAAUCAUAAUUAUGAAGAGAGAGUGAAGAAAUUAUCUGUGACUGAAUUAAAUGAUCUGUUGGAAGAGAUUGAGACAGCCAUCAAAGAUUAUUCUGAGGAGCUUGUACAGCAGUUGGCUCGACGGGACGAGUUGGAAUUUGAGAAGGAAGUAAAGAACAGCUUCAUAUCUGUCCUUAUAGAAGUACAAAAUAAGCAAAGAGAACAAAAGGAAAUUGCAAAAAAGAAAAAGAAGCUGAAAAAUGGCAGUCCUCAGAAUGGCAAACAAGAGAAAGGUCAUAUGCCUGGAACACGCUUCAGCAUGGAAGGAAUAUCAAAUGUCAUUCAGAAUGGCUUCCGUCAAACGUUUGGAAACUCAGGUGGAGAAAAACAGUACCUAACAACAGUUAUUCCUUAUGAGAAGAAAAGUGGACCUCCAUCAGUUGAAGAUCUCCAGACUUUAACAAAAAUUCUUCAUGCCAUGAAAGAGGAUAGUGAAAAAGUGCCAAGUUUAUUAACAGACUACAUUUUGAAAGCAUUGAUUUGAAAGCUGGAAAGCUCUGAGUUCUUUGUCCUACAUGAAGAUAGCAGUGAAAGAUAGCCAUGCUGAUUUGUGUGAAAAGACAUUUUCUAUGGGUUCUUCAGAACUUUCAGUUUGUUCGGCAUUGUGUCAAAUUCUAAUCUCGUAUUCAAACGUAUUUACUACUUUUGUUGCCUGCUUGGACUGUUCAAUCUUGGAGUAAGUCCUAUGGAGCAUGUAGAAUGCAUCCAUUUUUUUCUCACUUAAGUGUGAUGCGAUUGGGAAACAAAACAAAUUCUGUACAGUUUUAUUCACUUGCUGUAUUGUUUUGGCUUUUUAGCACUAUUUUUACACUAAAUGGCAUGUAUUUAUUCCCCACAGCAAUUAGAUUUUGUGGAGCAAAACUAAACUUUAAUGUAAAUAAAAUAAGCCUAUUAAGUUCAACUGAAUUUUAUUAAAAACUGUAAUAGGUUAUUAUAUUAAUUGUGUAAAGCAGAUCAAACGUUGAACCUGCACUUCAAAAAUUCCAUUGAAGAGCUUCACUGGAAAUUCUAGAAUGGUGUUAUGAAAACUAGCACUGAUUUUUAAAGAGUGAAACAGUAUUGUAUUAUUGUGUAUCAGUUCUCAUGAAUUUUCAGCAAAAAAAAAGUUUUAACAAACCAUUAGACCAUUAUCUUUCAUUUCUGAUCCUUGUUUAACCAGCACACAAUUCAGUUGGAAGUCAUUUGAACAAAUCCCAGUAAAAUGAUGGAAGCAGUGAAAGAGCACAGAUAGACUUGUCUAGGAGAAUCUCCUGAUGGGUUGUGCUUACAGAUUUGUCCCAUGGCUUUCAUUUUCUGCCUUUUCAUCAUUUUAAGGAAUGUAGCUGAACAUGGAUACUGUACCUUGCUGCUAUUGUGCUUUUUAGUCCACAUGUUAAAUGUUUGUCAUGACAUUUUAUAUGCUGCAUUGUGUUAAUAAAUACUUUU